UGCUAAUCUCAUAAAAUUCAAACACAUCCAUAAAGAUGAAUACAGUCUCAAGUUGUAACAAAAAGAAGUCCAACUCACAAACCAAAUGAAAAGACAAGCACGAUAGUUCUCAUGAUCCAUCAGAAGUGAACAACCCAGAAGAUAAAGCUCAGACAAAGACCAAACAGAAGAAGAGAGCUAAGAAAGCUCAGUCCAAGGAACAGGGGAGGAAGAUUUCUGAGAAAAAGAAAUUUUCCGAAAUCUCAAGAGAAUCAUUGGAUGAGAUUUAUGAAAGCACUGUCGCUAAAGUAAAUAUGUGACUGCAAUCUGAGAAAGAAAACAAGACCAGAAGGAAGAGGAAUACUCAAAAUGACUCUGAGAACUUCAACACUCAAAAUAUUCCGCAUCAGAUUUCAUUAUCAGAGGCAAAUGACCAAAAUGGAAAUAUUUCCGCGAUAAAAUCAAAUGGCAAUUAUAACCCUUCAAAGGCGUGAAAUGGAUUGAACUUAGCCCAAGAGAGCCAACCAAAUCAAGAAGAUGUCUCUGAUCGCCAGAAGAAGGCUCUCGCAACUCACAAGAGGAGAAAGUUUGAGGAAGAGAAGGAAAAUCCAGACAAAGCUGUCCUUACAUCAUGGCCAUUACGUUCUGGAGAGCUGGUCUGUGAAGAGGAGCUCAGUAUCGAUGAAGGUAAUAGCCAUAAUCAUCAUGGAAACGAUGCUUACGUCACAAAAUCUGUGAGAGGUGAGCCUUCCAAGAGAAUCCCUAUUACUAGUAGACGAGUAAUCGACCAUGAUUUAAUACGCUAUUGAAUGCAGAAGGAGGGUAUUUAUGCAGCAAGCCCAGAAAUCCUUGAAGACAACCAGCAACCAAUGAUCAAUUGGAAAAUGAGAGCACUCCUUCUAGAUUGGAUGAUUGAGGUCAGCUCUGAGUUCAACCUUCAAAGAGAAACAAUGUAUCUUGCUGUAAACUACUUGGAUAGAUAUAUUGGAGGAGUUCUCAAUAUUCAGAGAACAGAUUUCCAGCUUGUUGGAACUACAGCUCUAUAUCUUGCAUGCAAAAUGGAAGAACUUCAUGUACCAAAAAUAAAUUUCUUCAUCCUUGCUACUGAUAACGGGUAUACAAAAUCUCAGAUUCUCAAUAUGGAAAGGAAGAUGGCAAGAGAACUAAAUUGGAACCUCACUCCUUGAUCUUUGGAAAGCUGGCUAAACAUCAUUUGAACCAAGUGGGAUAAAUUUAUUGAAUACCAAGAUAACUCAGAAGAGAUUCAGGAGAUUAACAAUAACCCUCGAAAUCAAGGAAAUUCAUUCAAAUUUCUAGAAAUAUUAGAGUGCAUGAAGAAUUACAGAUCCCCAACGAGUGAGAAGCUUUGAGGAAGUACAGAAGACUUAUACAAAUUGAUGAGGGAUCCUUCUUUCAAGAGGUAUAAAGAGAUCACUCAGAUCCUUGACACAAUUAUACUUGAUGUAGACUCUCUGCAGUAUUCUCCUCAAGCGAUUUCUCUUUGAAUUAUCUACUGUGUGCUACUACUGGAUUUAAAUAUUUUUACGACUAGGGAACUAAUUAACUAUGAGUUCCAAGACUCUAACCUCCUAUUUGCUCUUACAAGAGGACUUACAGAAGCCUCAGUGAUUCAGUCAGAUCUAUCUCAAGAAGAGAUCAAUCAAAGAAUUGAAGUUGUAAAGCAGAAAAUAGUGAGAAUGGACAAGUUUGUACAGCUCUUCUCUGACUUCCUCCAAUAUGAAUUCAAAAUCCAAUUCGAUGAGCUCAUUCCGACACGUGACUUCAUUUAUCCUUAUGCUGGAGGAGUUUUGAUGAAAUUAGAGCAAAGCAGGAGGUACUCACCUGGAGAAUUCAACCCUCUACCGCUUUUUGUAACAAACGAAAGAAGCAUGAUUCAUUGUGUUGAAGAGACUUGGGGAAAUUUCCAGGCCCAAUGCUCCUUCAUUAGCUCCAGAGUCAAUCUCAGAAAUGAACAGGAGAGAAGACAAAGAGCCGGAAUUUAAACAAAGAUGUUUCAGAAGAGACACCUUUUAAAAAAUCUUAAGAAGGCGUCUUUUCAGGUUCCAAAGACGAAACAAGAUA